ACAGCACAGCUGUCCUCACCAGCUCCCCUCAGCGAGCACCUCUUCCUCACCCCUGCUUCUUCCGUCAGCGGUGGGGUCGGGAAGUGGGAAGAUGGGGCAGGCCGAGCGUCAGCCCCCUGCACCGGACCUUGCAGAGCGGGGCUCGUCCAGCAGCUGGCUGCCAAGUGCCGACGUGGGGCCCUGGACUUCGGGUACCUGACCCAGGACAUGAUUGACGACUACGAGCCAGCCCUCAUGUUCACCAUCCCCAGGUUGGCCAUCGUGUGUGGCCUCGUGGUCUAUGCGGAUGGACCCCUGAACCUGGACCGCAAGGCAGAGGACAUGUCCGAGCUCUUCCGGCCCUUCCACACAUUGCUGCGGAAAAUCAGGGAUUUGCUGCGGACCCUGACCGAGGAGGAGCUUCACACGCUGGAACGGAACCUCUGUAUCUCCCAAGACGUGGAGUUCCCCAUCCGGGCGGACACCCCGGUGGCCCCUGCCCUGGAGCCCGCCCUGCCCGCUCCCCUCGGCCCGGCCGAGCCCAGGCACGCAGAGGCGGAGCUGGCGUGCUCCGUCCAGGACGACGACCAGGAGCUGGAGCAGCUCAGCCGCAUGGUGCACAGGGCUGGGGACGCGAUGUCCUCCCUCCUGUCCCCGCCCAAUGCCUGCCAGUCCCCCGCGCACGGGCCGGGCGCCGACCGCGGUGCCCUCGGGCAGGCAUCCCCGGGCGGCCCACGGCUGCCGCCGGGCAGCGACGAGGAGGAAGGGAGGGUGUUCUUCAUGGAGGAUGUGGACGGGGCGGCAGAGCCCCCGGGCGGCCGGUGUGGGCGGGCGGGCGGCCCCCAGGAGAGAGGGCGGGGCGGGGAGAGCCGAGGGGCGGGGGCCGGAGCAGCCGCCGCCGCCGAGCCGGAGGACCUGAGCGGCAGCCACGUCGGGCAGGGCGACCAGACGCGGGCAGUGGGCCCUGGCUCCUGCAGCUGCCCGGACUCGCAGCCGCAGCUGGAUGGCUGGGAGGCGAGUGCGGAGGACGCCCAGACGGCCGAGCUGAUCGCCCACCGGACGGGGGGCAUGAAGCUCUCGGCCACGGUCAUCUUCAACCCCAAGUCGCCCGGCUCCCUGGACUCUGCCCUCGCCAACCCAGAAGUCCUCGGAAACGGCGUCUGCCCUGGGGAGCCGGCGGCCGAGGGGACGGAGGGCGGCCCCCACAAACUCAGCGCCACGGCUGCCAACAGCCUUCUGAACUCCUGCGUGUGCUGCAGGGGCUGCGCGGGCAGCAGGGAGGACGCGGCCGAGAGCCUGCGCGGCAAGUGCGGCUCGGGAAGCGUCAUCCGCUCCUCUUACGUGGGCUCCGCCAAGGCCUGCGCCAAGGGCUCGGCCGCGGGACUGCUGGAGGUCCGGCCUGCCCCGGAGGCCUUGCCCACGGCGCUGGGCGCCCCAGACCCCCUGCCCUCCGAAGACGCCCCCGGCGGGCAGGAGCCCAAAGCCCCCACUUCCGACAAGUGCCUGGCACACACCUCAGGGCCCCAGGUGGACGCGGCAGUCGGGCUGCCUGGAGGGGGCGGCGGAGCGAGUGAGCAAAAGGAGGCUGAGGCCCGGCAGCCCUCGGAGGCCGGGGAGGAGCCCCAGCACCUGCCGGGCUCCAGCGGCUUCACAGCCGGCUCCUGCCCCUCAGACGAGAUGGGGCUGGACACAGGCCCCGUGGCCAUCAGAGAGAAGAUCCGGUCCCGGUUCCACGGCAGCCACGACCUGAUCCACCGCCUGUUUGUCUGCAUUUCAGGCGUAGCCGACCAGCUGCAGACCAACUACGCCAGCGACCUCAGAAGCAUUCUCAAGACCCUCUUCCAGGUCAUGGCCACCAAGCCGGAAACGGACGACAAGGAAAAGCUAAAGAAGGUCACCCAGACCCUGCGGAGCGCGGCCUUGGAGGACUGCGCUCUGUGCCAGGAGACCCUGUCAUCCUCCGAACUCGCAGCCAAGAACCGAGAUGGAGACUUGGAAGACCCGCCCGAGGGGGUUCCGGACGAGGCCUGCGGCUUCUGCACCGCGUGCAAAGCCCCCUUCACCGUCAUUCGCAGGAAGCACCACUGCCGGAGCUGCGGGAAGAUCUUCUGCUCCCGCUGCUCUUCGCACUCGGCGCCGCUGCCCCGCUACGGGCAGGUGAAGCCCGUCCGCGUGUGCACGCACUGCUACGUGUUCCACGUCACGCCCUUCUACAGCGACAAGGCGGGCGUCUGA